GUGUAAACUGGUUUGGUCUAGGUAAACUAGCUAGCAAGAGAAGAAUACAGAUUGGCUUUUCAUAUCCAGCGCAGUCAGAAAUUAUUAACAUCACGUAGCGUGCAUACUGUAACGUAGUGAACUGCGACUCGUCUUUACCUUAACAAGUCACCAACGUUCAUAGACUAGGCCAAAUCCCUGGAUUGAAGUUAUCCACUCCUGCAGUCCAAGAAUUCACACUCUUGACAAGGACCUACAAUGUCUCAUAGAACAUUUGAGGAUGUGAAGGAUGUAAUACUAUCAGCCCACAAAAACACUGAGGCCGGAGACAAGGUCAACUUUUACAACACCUGGGCUGAGAACUAUGACCAGGACGUCAGUCUACUUGAUUACCGUGCGCCGAGUCUGGCCGCAAACUGUCUGUCCUCCAGUUUCGAUGGUGACCGGGACACGGCGGUGGUACUGGACGUGGCCUGUGGCACAGGAUUGGUCGCAGCACAGCUGAAGAGGAGGGGCUUCACGCACUUCGUGGGUGUUGACGGGAGCAAAGGCAUGCUAAGAUUAGCCAGUAAGACAGGCCUCUAUCAGGAUCUGAGGCAAUGCAUGCUGGGAGACGAAUCACUUCCUGUCCAAGCUGGGCAGUUUGAUGUGGUUAUAAUAGUUGGGGCUCUGAGCGAUGGACAAGUGCCAGUGAGUGUCAUCAGGGAGCUGUGCCAGGUCACCAAACCAGGUUAAAGAUGGAAAUAGAACAACUCACUGUUAACCUACGUAAAGAUUUGGAAUGCAUAUUGACUUCAUUAGGCCUACACAUAAUGAUCUGAAUUCAUCCAGUUUCUAAUAAUGUCAUCUUUGGUUUCCUAAGAGGAGAGAAAUACUUGAUUUAGAAAAGCUGAAUUUGAUUAUUAUGGCAAUUUUUUUUCAUUUUCAAAUGUGGGUUCUUAAAACCAACUUCUGUUUUGGAAUAAGAAUGAAAUUGUGUGAAUUAACUUUUAAAUGAAUAAAAUCUAUGCAUGCCUGUGAUGUUAUAAUUGCCUGUUUAUUUUAGCCCCGGUUACACCCAUUUUUGUCUUUGGUUUUCUUGUUUCAUUCAUCUUAUUGCUUCUUUUCAUCUGUUCAUUAAAACAGAUGUGUUUUUGUUUUGGUCAACAACUACAACAACCGUAACAACAGAAAGCAGAGUCUAGAGACUGGAGCGGAUGUAAGAUUACUCAUUCCCGAUACUCACUUUGUUCAAUAGUAGAAUCUGACAUCAUAGUCUACCGCAGGCAUAUUGUAGAAUCUUUGUUUUUGUUUUGGUGGUUGUGAUUGUGAUUGUGGAAUGCAAAUAGUCAGUAAUGUUAAUGAAGAUUAAUAUGCUUUUAUCAAAAUAUGUUACAUUUAAAGUAGACCAUGUUCAUAAAUGUAUAGCUUGUGUUUUCAGGAAAGUUAAAGCACUUUAAUUUAAUACAUUUUAUGGCUUAUUUCUACUUGCUCUAUUUCUAUUUUUACCACUUUUACUUUUUCAUUUACACCAUAUAUUCUGAAUGUCUAAAGUUUUUGUUACAUUUUAUAUGCCAAGCAGAACAGUAAUGUUCAAUUCACAAUUCACAUUCAAGAGAACAUGCUGACCCAAUCUGAAAUGCUUCUUUUUAGUGUACUCCAUCCACAAAUAAGUAAAAAAAUUCUUUCUGUUUAAAUUCUUUCUUGUAAAUGUUGGAGGCAGGAUCCCACAAAUGUCCCCUUAAAUAUAAAUGAUUCAAGAUUGUUAAGGAUGUGAUUCAUUCUGCUAUAGAAAGGUUUUAUACAAAAUACUUUUAGACUAUUACCCAAGUAAUAUUGUACUGGGUGACUUUCACAGAUAAAAUGUUCAGGGUAAACAGGAAAAUACAAAUAUUUGAAUAAACCAAAUCUAGAUGUACUUCCGUUUAUAUAACCUCAUGAAACUCAGAUUUGAAUUCUUAACAAACACAUCAUUUGCUCUAUGGGCCGUGGUGUACUGAUGUAAUGCCCUAUAUAGGGAAAAGAAUGUCAUGUUUUGAACAGUCAUGUCAAAAGCCCCGUCAUUAUGAGCUCAUUCUCUGUCAGACCAGUUUGGCCAGCUGGCUGUGCAUUCCAGUGGAACCACACAGGGGGAGCCUAUCUAGCCUGGUUCUCAAUCUAUGGUUCCGAUAGUUGCUAACUUGAUAAUAACAGUACAGUAAACAUUGGCAAAACAGCACAAGAUCUCAGAGCAGGCUAAGCAACCACCUGCAGUCAACACAGAAACCUGAUUCUCCUUUUGCAAUGCAUGACUAAAGGUGGUAUCCAUAUUGAUAUUCACAGACAACAAUCCAGUUUAUUUAAUUUAUUGUGGCAGAACCAAAAAUCAUCCCAUGAAUGUAAAUCUACAGGUUUACUGAAUUCAAUGUGUGAUUAUUAUUAGUAGUAAUAAAUAAAGGUUUGUAUUCGCUUAGGCCUUAAUGUGUGUGGACUUAGAUACAGUACAUACAACAACAAAACAUGUACACCUGGUUUAACUUCACGAAUACACAAAUCUAAUAAAAACUAAAUGCCUUCUUAGUGAUGUCUUCUGUUAUAUUCUUCAUAUAAGAAUCUAUAAUAUUAUUUCAAUACACCUAAUUCAAAUAAAGUACACAUUUACCCAAGAAAGUACAUGAGGUAUGGAAGUAAGAAUGUAGGUUUGUGGUUUCACAUUGGUUUUGAAAACAGAGCUGGAACCUUCCUGACUGGUAAAACUAAGGUUUUUAAAUCCUCCAUGCAGUCUUUGUAUAAUUUGUGGAAAAGAUAUGAGGGGAUGUGGUAUAUAGCCAAUAUUCCCAGAGCUAAGUGCUGUUUUUAGGCACGAUAUAUAGCAAAGUGGCUGGAAACAGCCCUUAGGUGUGGUAUGUUUGGCAAUAUACCACACCUUGCCUUC